UUCGGGACACGGAGGAGAUGCUAAGUAAGAAGCAGGAGUUCCUGGAGAAGAAGAUCGAACAGGAGCUGACGGCUGCCAAGAAGCAUGGCACCAAAAACAAGCGCGCGGCCCUGCAGGCUUUGAAACGGAAGAAGCGAUAUGAGAAGCAGCUGGCGCAGAUCGACGGCACCCUGUCAACCAUCGAGUUCCAGCGGGAGGCCCUGGAGAACGCCAACACCAACACAGAGGUGCUCAAGAACAUGGGCUACGCUGCCAAGGCCAUGAAGGCUGCCCACGACAACAUGGACAUUGAUAAAGUGGAUGAGUUAAUGCAGGACAUUGCUGACCAGCAAGAACUUGCAGAGGAGAUUUCCACAGCUAUUUCCAAACCUGUAGGCUUUGGGGAAGAGUUUGACGAGGAUGAGCUCUUGGCAGAGUUGGAGGAACUCGAACAGGAGGAGCUAGACAAGAAUUUGCUGGACAUCAGUGGGCCCGAAACAGUUCCACUACCAAAUGUCCCCUCUGUAGCCCUACCAUCCAAACCUGUCAAGAAGAAGGAAGAAGAAGACGACGACAUGAAGGAAUUGGAGAACUGGGCCGGAUCCAUGUAACUGGUCCAGCAUAGGCUGGGGCCAGACAGACUCUGGUGGCCUGUGCGACGGGCAGGCGUGUGCGUGCGCAGGGCAGGCAGGACGCGGUGCAGGCAGCCUCCAUCGCUCAGCUCUCACCCAAAGCAGUAGGCCGCAUCACU